UCCAAACAUACCCAACGAACCCAAAUAAUCCACCCCCUUCUACCUAACUUAACUACCAACAUGUUGAAGAGGCUUGGAAAAAAAAUAAGAAAAGAAAUCCUUGGACCCCUUAUCAUAAAGGACCCGCCGCCCCCUCCUCCUCCUCCACCGCCACCACCGCCACCACCCCCGCCACCCCCUCCUCCUCCUCCACCGCCGCCACCUCCUCCUCCCCCACCUCCGCCACCGCCUCCUCCGUCACCGCCGCCACCGCCGAGUCCUUUUCUUUUCCCUCAAGUGCAGUCCACAGUUGUCCCAGACCCUUCCAAGUUCUUCAUUCCAAGCCUUCUUUCAGCCCCACUUCCUACAAACUCUUUCUUCCAGAACUUCGUCCUCAACAAUGUCCAACCUGAGUACAUUCAUCCCUACCUUAUUAAACCCAAUCUCUCCUCCCUCUCUCUCUCCUACCCAUCUCGCUCCUCCACCUCUACUUCUAUAUCUCAGCUUUUCACCGCAGAUCUCACCAUCUCCGCCUCAGAGAAAAUUGAUCAACAUGAUCAUCAUUCCCCGAAAACACAUGUAAUCUCUUCCUUCAGCGAUCUCGGUGUCACUUUGGAAUUUCCCUCUUCCAAUAUGCGAUUCUUCCUGGUUAGAGGAAGUCCCUUUUUGACUGUAAAUGUGACAAAUCCAACAUUAAUUUCGAUCUCCACAGUUCAUUCCAUCCUUUCGCUUUCUUCCAACGGCUCCCUCACUAAAUAUACCCUUCAGCUCAGCAAUGGCCAAACAUGGCUUAUAUACACCUCCUCAUCAAUUACUUUGAACCAUAACCCCUCUGAGAUUACAUCUGAAGAUCAGUUUUCGGGAAUAAUAAGGAUAGCUCUAUUGCCAGAUUCGAAUGCAAAACUUGAAUGGAUCCUCAAUCAGUUCUGCUUUUGUUACCCUGUAUCUGGGGAUGCAACAUUCACGAAGCCAUUCUCUUUGGAAUAUAAAUGGGAAAAGAGAGGUUGGGGAGAUCUGUUAAUGCUGGCCCACCCUCUUCAUCUUCAACUUCUAUCUGCUAACGACUGUAAAAUCACUGUUCUAAAUGAUUUCAAGUACAAAAGCAUCGAUGGUGAGCUUGUUGGAGUUGUUGGAGACUCAUGGGUAUUAAAAACAAAGCCUGUUCCGAUAACUUGGCAUUCAAUCAGAGGCAUCAAGGAAAAUUCCUAUGAUGAGAUUGUCUCAGCACUUUCUGAAGAUACUGAUGCUUUGAAUAACCCAUCAAGAAGUGCAACAACAACAACAUCAUCAUCGUGCUACUUUUCUGGGAAAUCAAUAGCAAGAGCAGCAAGGUUAGGUUUGAUAGCUGAAGAGGUGAAUUUUCUAGAAGCCAUUCCUGUAGUAACCCAGUUCUUGAAAGAGACUAUUCAGCCAUGGUUGGAUGGAACUUUUGAUGAAAAUGGCUUUUUAUAUGACACAAAAUGGAAAGGAAUUAUCACAAAACAAGGUUCUAAAGAUGCAGGUGCAGAUUUUGGUUUUGGAAUUUACAAUGAUCAUCAUUACCAUCUGGGGUAUUUUCUAUACGGAAUAGCAGUUCUUGCAAAGAUUGAUCCAGCCUGGGGAAGGAAGUACAAGCCACAAGCUUAUUCACUAAUGGCAGAUUUCAUGAACUUGGGACGAAGAUCAAACUCAAACCAUCCACGCCUAAGGUGCUUUGAUCUCUACAAGUUACACUCUUGGGCUGGAGGCUUAGUUGAAUUUGCAGAUGGAAGAAACCAAGAGAGCACAAGUGAAGCUGUGAAUGCAUAUUAUUCAGCAGCUUUAAUGGGUCUAGCAUAUGGUGACACCAACCUGGUAGCCAUUGGAGCAACACUUACGGCUCUUGAAAUUCAUGCAGCACAAACAUGGUGGCACUUGAAGAAAGAGACAGAUAGGAUGUUGUACGAGGAAGAGUUUGGGAAAGAGAACAGGCUUGUUGGUGUUGUGUGGGCCAACAAGAGAGACAGUGGGCUCUGGUUUGCUCCUCCUGAAUGGAGAGAAUGCAGGCUAGGGAUUCAGGUUUUGCCGUUGUUGCCCAUCACUGAGGUGCUGUUCUCUGAUGUGGGAUUUGUGAAGGAGCUUGUUGAAUGGACGUUGCCUGGUUUGAGAAACAAGAAAGGUGUUGCAGAAGCGUGGAAAGGGUUCGUAUAUGCCAUGGAAGGUGUUUAUGAUAAUGAAAGUGCGUUAAAGAAGAUCAAAAGCUUGAAAGGUUUUGAUGAUGGCAACUCAUUCUCCAAUCUGUUAUGGUGGGUUCAUAGCAGAGGUGAUCAAGAUGAAGAUGACAAGUUGGGUCGUGAAAGAUACUCCUGGUUUGAUCAUUACUGUUAUUAAGUUAGUAUCAUAUAUAAUGUGCGUGUUAAUUUGCCUCUGUGUGUGUUUCACGCUUUUCAUGAUGUACGUAACUUCAAUUCAAUGUUAAUAUGCUUGUGCUCCUUUCUUCCGUUGUUCAACAUAAUGAGUGAUUAAUAUUGUAAAAUACUGACAUUUUUUUAUUUUUGAAA